AUGUUAUCACUUAAAUUUGGCAUUUUAUGGCUUGCAGAUCCUGUAGUACACAAGAAGGAGUCCCUUGGGGAAGUUCUGAGUGGUGAUCGUUUGACCAGUGCUUUAUAUAAGUUGAACUUCCGGGAGAACAGAAUUGCGGAGACAUUGUGUCACAAGAAGCUUGAAGGAGAUGAUGUUGCAACAUUCAGAGAUGCUGUAAUUAAUGAUUUUUACUUCCAGAUGUACUAUGAUGAUCUUCCAUUUUGGGGUUUUGUUGGGAAAAUUGAGGAAGACAGUUGGACACUUGAGGAGAACACACCCAAGUAUUUUCUAUUUAAACAUGUGCAGUUUGAUGUACUUUAUAAUGGCAACCAAGUGAUAGAAAUACGUGCAUUUAGUGACCCAGAUCAGGUCGUUGAUAUAACAGAAGAUGUUGGAAUUGAUGUUAAGUUUACUUAUUCAGUCACCUGGAAUGCAACCUCAGCUGCUUUUGAGACCAGAAUGGAUAGAUAUUCAAGAGCUUCAUCCCUUCCAAUCCUCCAGCAGAUUCAUUGGUUCUCAUUCAUCAACUCCAUUGUCAUUAUUAUGCUAUUGAUGGGGUUGCUUACCUUGCUUUUCAUGCGGCGUCUGAAGAAUGACUUGAGAAAGUGUUCAACUGGAGAUGAAGAAGAAGAAGACAAGGAGGUUGGUUGGAAAUAUAUUCAUGGUGAUGUAUUUAGAUGUCCGCAAAACCUGUCCUUGUUUUGUGCUGUCUUGGGCACGGGUACUCAACUGCUGACCUUAGUUUGCUGCUUAUUUGUGCUAGUAUGUUUUGGUGUCCUCUAUCCUUACAAUCGUGGAACACUAGGCACUGCGCUUGUCACUUUAUAUUCUGUGACAUCUGUAGUUGCUGGGUACACUGCAGCUUCUUUUCACUGUCAGUUUGCUGAAACUGGAUGGGAAAGGAGUGUUCUACUGGCUGGAAUCCUGUAUGCAGGUCCCUUUUUUGUGAUAGUUUCCAUCCUUAAUGUGGUUGCUGUGUCUUACGGGGUCACAGCUGCACUCCCUUCUGGCACCAUCAUGGCUAUUAUUCUCAUAUAUGCCUUUCUCACCAUUCCGUUGCUUGCCUUGGGAGGGGUGCUUGGGUACCUCUUUAGGUCUGAAUUUUAUGCACCUUGUGCUACAAAAAGAUACCCAAGAGAGAUUCCUCCAUUGGAGUGGUACCGAAAAACUCCUUUUCAAAUGUUUCUUGGGGGUUUCUUAUCAUUUAGUGCAAUUGUCCUUGAGUUACAACACUUAUAUGCGAGCCUGUGGGGAUACAAGAUAUGCACUCUUCCCAGCAUUUUGUUUCUCACGUUCAUCAUCCUCAUCCUCCUCACCACAAUGUUAAGUGUUGGUUUGACAUACAUUCAGCUGUCUGUGGAAGAUCAUGAAUGGUGGUGGAGAUCUGUGCUGUGUGGGGGGUCGACUGCUAUGUUUAUGCUUGCUUAUUCGAUCUACUUCUACCUGAGGUCAAGUAUGAGUGGCUUAUUGCAGCUAUCAUUCGUUAUCGGCUAUAAUGGUUGCAUGUGCUAUGCAUUCUUCUUGAUGCUUGGCACAAUAGGCUUCUGUGCCUCCCUGAUGUUUGUUCGCUACAUUUACCGUGCUGUUAAGAGCGAAUGACUAUGCUUCUGCAGCUCGACGGUAAUGGUUUACCAUUUUGUCUUGCUGCCAUCUUGCAACUGCCCUAUCCCCGUAAUCAUAUUCAAAAAAUUGAAAAAGGGGAAGAGGGGUGAUCGUGGAAUAGGGAAAAAGGAAGCAGCAAGGAGAGAUCCAAACAUUUUAAAGGAUGUGAUAUCUGCAAAAAUUUCAUGUAAGCAUGAGAGAAAAUCAUGCCUGCCUUUUGAUGCAAUUAACUUUUAAGGUUGAGAAUAGGUUGGAACUCUUCACUUGUUAAAAGAUUCAUAUACAUGUACAUUGUCCACAGGUUAAAAAGAAUGCUUUUUUGAAAGGUUUA